GCAGAGGGCAAGGGCACGCACGAUGCCACGCCACGGCACGGCCUCCCGGUCGCGGUGGUGAUUAGGCGAAUGGGAUUCGCUGCUUUUUUUGCUUCGCCGGCGCGCUUUAAGUUAAAACCGGGGGAAGGGGAUUUUACCCAGAGAAAGCGAAAGGGGAGGAAGGCAGGAAGAAGGCAAGAAGAAGAAGGGGAAUGUCCCUGCGCGCGGCAACAGUGGCAGUGGCUUUUUCUCGCUGCGCGGCGUGGCAGUGGCGGGCGGGAUUCGGCUUCCUGCUCGCUUUGGAUCUUUGAACGGGGCCCCCGUAAGCACCGUAGCCCGUGCGAGCUUUGGCAGUUUGGCACCGGUCCCACUCCCACCCCAGUCCAAGGCCGGCGGAACAUGCACAGGAGGAACGGCGGCACGCGACGUCGACGGGGAACAACUUGAGCCGGCAAGAGGAAGCAACGUACGUACUACUAGACUAGACUAGAUAAAGCAGGCAGGAUAGGAAGAAGCAGCGUGAGCUCGCGCUCGUUCUCUUUGUCCAGCACGGCGCGCACAGGAGGGCGUGUCCCCUCCCCUCCUCCGCUCUCGGCGCCGCUAGCUCUCGCGGCAUGGGGAACGCCGCUCGCCUCGCCUUCGCUAGUCGCUAGCUUGAGAGAGAAGGUUCCAAAGGAGUACGCAGGUGCGAAAGCCACAGUUUGGGUUGGAUGAUUUUUUGCAGCCGAUGCAUAAUCCAAACCUAGAAAAGACCAAAAGCGUACGUAGCCGAGGCUAGCUAGUGAGUGCCGGCCGCUUUGUUUCCCACCUGGCAGAAUCUUCCAAAACAGCGUUCAAACAGUAACGACCCACCACAGUAAUACGAGACUAGUACGAUACAACCGCAUGCAUGCGCUCUCUUCUCUUCUUUUCUUUGCGGGCACGCUCACCUGCCUUUUCCUUUAGAAAAUUUUGCUACUACAGGACACCGUUAGAACACGUAAUAUGUUGAUGGACACCGUCAUAAACGUAAUAUGUGUAGCUUUAUCUGUCAUCAUAUUACGCAUUCUAAUGGUGUCCUGCACCUCUUUUUCUUUCAUGUCAUCGUAUGUUCGUCAGUGAAAUAAAACCUUCCCAUAAUCGCCCAGUGAUGUGUGUGAUACACGAACGCUUUGUUUCUUUUAAUUUUUUUCACUUGUAGUACGUACCAAGCUAGCCACGCCACGCCUGGGGAUUACAUACAUACGUAUAUGCAAAUCUACACCUCAAGUGGUAGUAUGCAAAAAAGUGACGUGUUGCCUUGUUGGGUGUCUCUCUCUUUGUCUCUCCUUUUGCUUUUGGACCACCGCGAGAUCUCACUCGCUCUCAACAACCUCACCCGUCUCUGUUACAGAUGCCGCCUACACAGAGAGGGGGGCACUAUAUCUACCGGAACAAAGGCGCACAAGCCGGCCAUUGGCAUUGCAAACCAGCAACUAGACAUGAGAGGGCAUUGGCAUUGCAAAGCUAAGCUUGGUCGUAGUGGCAUAGGCGCGUAGGCAGCGGCAGUAUCCACCUCGGCCCGGGCUCGCAUUGCAAGAGCGCGCGAGAAGGAUCGGAGGAGAGAAUGAGAGUCCCCGGCUCGCUCGCGCUGGCGGCGGCGGCGGCUCUUGUCCUUGCUGCUCUGCUGAGCUCCACCCCCGAGGUUUCUGCCGCCAGAGUAGUCCCGGCGGCACAUCUCGCCGACCAGACGAGCAGCAGCUGGCGUGGCGCUGGCGCCUCAUCGUCAUCAUCAUCACCGGCCGACGAGCGACCAAGGAAGCCGGCGAGCGAUAACGCCGCCGCCGCUGCAAGCAGCGCCAGGCUCGACGCGUCCGGGAACGCCGCGGCGGCGGCGGCGGGCGGCUCCUCCUCUCCUCCGUCGACGGUGUUCGACCCCGACAGGAUGAGCAAGCGCCGCGUCCGGAGAGGCUCCGACCCCAUACACAACAAGUGCUAGCUAGCUGCUGAUCGCUGAACUGGUACUACUGCUCCGGACUCCGGAGUACUCAUCCGUGUCGGCGUUCCGAAGCAAUCGUCGAUCAAGUGUCAAUUCUCUUGCUUUUGUUUUCGUCUCUCGAUCGAUUUUUAAUCUUCUCUUCUCUCGCUCUUUUUUUUUUCUCUUUUUCUUUAUUUCGUUCGUUAGCCCCUUUUCUUUUUUCUCUCUUUGAGGUUUGAGCUGGUGCACGUUCUGCUACACCUACUGUACGUUGUAGGGUGCAGACGAUUUUGUGCUACAGAAAUACUUGUACAGAGAUGCAUGAUCUUGCAUGCCAAUGAAAGGCGAAUGUCGCCGCAGCUUGCGAGUG